GUUUCGUCGUGACGACGGUUAGCUGGACGGCGGUGACUGGACCGGGACGACCGGGACGACCGGGAGGCUCACCGGCGAGCUGUCAGCGCUGGAGGAAGACCGGAGACUCGUCGUGUUGUCCGGUGUGACCGUUUAAAUGUUAUUGAGAGAUUGUUCCGGUGAACGGUGGAAGGUUAACCGGGAUGAAGUUCACCAGAGAUCUGUGCCGGCUGCUGGGCUUAGGAGGCGGAGGACCAUGUGAGGAGGAGAUGGAGGUACAGAAUGGAGCUCCUGACCUGACAGACAGAAGAAUAGACCGAGGCUCAUUGCAGCAGGCGACGCUGAACGACGAGGAGGGUUCGGAUGAUGAGGAGAGAACGAGGAGGAGAGCCGAGAGGAGGAAAGCUAAAAGGAAAAGGCAGAAAGAACGGAAGAAACUGGAGAGAGAGGAGAGGAUGGAGGAUGCUUCGGAGCAGUCACUGUGAACAGGAAGAGGAAGCUGCUGGAGCGGCGUCAGAGAGUGACAGUGAGGAAGAGGAGGAAUGGACCGCUGUUCGUCCCAGAAACAGAUGCAACCCUGAAUCAGUCCCUGCGCUGGUGACAACCGAGAACAAGAGCAACGGCCAGCUGCCCCACAGGACCUCGGAGGAGGAGCCAGAGUGGGAUGUCAGCAGUGCGUUUGUGGCCAACGCUGCCAGCCACAUCAAACUCAAAGCCUUGAAGAGCAGCAGAGGGAUCCAGAUCUCCAGAGAGAACAAGGAGAACGAGGCCAGGAGCUGCCAGGUGGAGAGCACAGAUGAAAUGAAGAGGAGGGGGGAGACCCUGACAGUUCAGGGCAUCCAGAUGUUCGAGCAAGGCCAGUACAGCCAGGCAGUGGACAUGUUUACAGAAGCCAUCUACUGUGACCCCAACGACCACAGGUUCUAUGGAAAUCGCUCCUGCUGUUAUUGGUGCCUGGAGCAGUACCCCCCCGCCCUGACAGACGCUCAGAGGUCCAUUCAGCUGGCUCCUGAUUGGCCGAAGGGAUACUUCCGUAAGGGGUGCGCUCUGAUGGGGUUAAAGCGGUACAGCGACGCGGAGGCGGCCAUGGAGCAGGUGUUGAAGUUGGAUCAGCACUGUAAGGAAGCGUCCAGUAAACUCUUCACCUGCCGCUUCCUGCAGCUCACGGAGUUGGGUUUUGAGGAAGAGCAGAGUAAAGAGCUGCUGGAGAAGUUCACCACCGUUCAGGCGGUCAUCAACUCAUCUGAGGCUCAAACUCUGAAGCAGGACCAGAGUGGGAGCUGUCGCUCUCUGUGGGUCGGGAACAUCACAUUGGAAGUUACAGAGAAAGAAGUCUGGGAUCUCUUCAAAAUGUUUGGUGAGAUAGAGAGCAUCCGUGUUCUUCAUGAACGUUUCUGUGCCUUCGUCAACUUCAAGAACGCCAACAUGGCUGCCGAAGCCCUGGAGAAGCUGCAGGGGGUGGAGCUGGGGAGCAGCAAGCUGGUGAUGAGGUACCCAGACCGCUGGAUCCAGCGCACCCUGCCUCCCCCCAUACAGAGGACCAACAGCAGCCUCGGCCACAACGCUGCAGGAACACAGCAGAGCUCAGCUGCCACCGGGUCCAGACGGUGUGUACCAGUAAAUGGAGACGAGUGCUUCUUCUGGCGGACCACAGGCUGUUACUAUGGUGACAAGUGCCGCUUCAAACACAUACCAGACCAACAAGGUCGAGACAAGAAACCAUGGCAACCUUAACGGUGUCCCCUACCUUGCCAACGCCAGCACCAGGGCUCAUCGGAGGAGGAGGAGGAGGAGGAGGAGGAGGAGGAACCGUAACACGACGGUUAGGACAGCGAGCAGGACGGAGGACGAGAAGCCUGAGAACACUGACAGCUGAAUGUGUGUGAGAGAGAGAGAGAGAGAGAGAGAGAGAGAGAGAGAGAGAGAGAGACAGAUACGGUCUGUAUGUGAUAGCCAAAGUCAGAGACUGUGAUUUACAGCAUCCACGGAGCCCAACCUCAGAAUGAAAGAACUCAUUGACGUGAUGUGAGGAGGUCCUCAGAGGAAUUUAAUUUAUUGGAAGCGUCACUGAGGCGUCUCUCGGCUCCAUCUGGAUCCUUCAAAAACCCCUGAUGAGCUCCUGGUUUCUGCAUGGAGACCCGUACUCUGUGGGAAUGUAUGUCAUCUGUCAUCAGAAGGGUUCACUUGGACAGAUGCGUUGAACCAUAUUGGAAACACGACCAGAACCCUGCUCUCUUUAACACUACUGUUGAAUCGCUUUAAAGGGCCAGUGUGAAGGAUUCAGGGGGAUCUAUGCACAGAAAUGGAAUUUAAUAUUCAUAAAUAUGUUUUCAUUAGUGUAUAAUCACCUGAAAGACACCUUGUGUGUACACAGGGAGCAGAGGCCUGUACUACGAAGCCAGUUCAACAUACUCAACAUACAUAUCUUCUCCUUAUCUGGUUUAACUAACCCUAACAAACGCGGCCCUGCGACGCUGGUUAUCAACCUGGUAAAUCAACCCAGAGUUUCUCUAUCUGGAUACGAGCGCGUUCACAUGAAAGGGGCGGUGUUUGCAGCAUCUGACCAAUCACAAACAUGGACAAGUCUGCUGUCAGCAGAGCCAAGAGCAAACUAUAAUAUUAGACAAAUACGGAGAAGUGAAACACUUAAUCAGACUAACAGUAACACAGUUGAAGCUGCCAGAUGCAGGAAGAACAGCUGGUGAAAGAAACAACUUGUCAAUGUGUGAAUGUCUAGACGGGGCAGUGAUAGAUAAAUAGCUUUCAGAAUAUAAUGGAUGAGUUCAUUACACUUCUUUAGACCAUUUAGCAAUAAAGCGGCGUGUGUGACUAUUUCAGCCUUCUUUCAGCUGCGUCCCGUCUCCGGCGGUGUGAAACAGACUUGAGAGCGAGUAAAAAAAAAUCAAUAUAACAACCUAAUUCAAAGCGGUAAACACCCCCAGCAUCCAGCCAGCAUCCAGCCAGCUGUUCUUCCUGCAUCUGUGAGUUUAACCUGGGUUGUUUUUAGCUGGAUUAUGAGUUCAACUUCUUCAUAUUUGUGUAAUAUUAU